AUGGACAUCGUAAAGGGGGGAGGCACCUUCAAAAUGCUGCAGCUGAAGGAAAAUAAAAAUUACCUGGAGGGUAACAUCCUGAAUUGCCCCUAUCUGCUUAACCUGAACGAAGGAAAUAAUAUUCUCUACGGCAAAGUGCACAGCCUGACUCGAAUAGGCAACUCCAAAUGUAGAAGUAGACACAAGCGCGCCCCUUUUUGUGACGAAGAAACGGCCGGAGAUCAGGAGUUCACUCUGAAUGAGCAGAAGACGCCCACACCGGGGGAGGAAGAGUUGGAAGCGGGGGGUGUAGUAGCGAAUGACGUAGACGCUCAUGGCGUAGACGCGCAGGGCGACUUAGAUACGGACAUCGAAAAGUGCCCCAAACGGUUUAACCAACAAACUUCGGCGUACCAGGAAGGGGAAGGAAGCAAGGAAGACAUCAUCCCAUGUAGCUGCAACACCACUGUAAGUCUAAACUCUGUAAAUGAAAAGAAGGACGAAGUGAAACGGUUCGAUAGAGACGAGCUAUCUCUCUACAGCAUCGAAACGCAUUGUCAUCACCAGGUGGCUUAUGAGCAAACUUACGAUAAAGAAAAUUUAAAAAAUGAACCCGAGAGGGGGAGUCACUUUUUGCAAAAUGGGAAUUUUACAAAUGAGUACCACUGCCGAUCCCCCCUUGGCGAUGAGAGCAGGAUGCCCCUAAGCAGUUCCCCCCCGGUGAGUAGUAACCCCCCCGUGGGCAGUGUUGAUGAGUCCCAUCGGGUCUGCUCCGCGCGGGGGUACAACCCUCUCGGUCGCAGGGAGGUUACCCUGGGGGGGGGCGGCGACAGUGGGGAAGCGUACGGUGGAGAGGAGGCCCACAGUGGAGAAGCCCACAAUGGAGAGGUGCACAAUGGAGAAGCGCACAGUGGAGAAGCGCACAGCGGUGAUAGCGGCAAGCGGGAGAGUGGCGAUGGUGGAAGUGGCCACGGCGGUCAGGGUGGAGGCGGUGACCAGAGUGGAGGUGGCGACCAAGGCGGUGGCGGCGACCAAAACGGGAAAGACGACCAGAGCGGAAGUGGAAGCGGGAAGGAUGACCAAAGCGGGCGUGGAGACCGAAGCGGGCGUGGAGACCGAAGCGGGCGUGGAGACCGAAGCGGGAAGGAGAACUACAAAAUGUACUUCGACAAGAUAAGCGAGCUGAAGUCCAACCGGUUCAUAAGCAAAUAUAAAAACUCGGAGAAAUACAUGAAAAAGAAAAUUUUUAAUUACCUGCGAAAGAACAACCUGAUCGGCGACCUGGACAUAGAGCAGCUGUUCGUGUACGUGAAGAAUAUUUAUUUUUUAAUCAUCAUGAAUGAGAAGCUCAUCUUCUUCUUCAUUUACAACACGAAGGAUGCGAUGAAUGCAAUUAUUCAUUUUGAGAAAAUGCAUAACAUUAGCUAUAAGGACACGGACUUCCUCCUGUUCCUUCUUUCGAAUGACGUGGAUAUGUAUGAGAAGCUACUCAGCCAGAUAAACUUCAAAUUUGAGAAAGAGGAACUUAUUUUCAAAUUAAAAAGCUUAAGAAGGAAGGUUAAAGAUUUGAAAUUCGAGGAGGAGAGGAAUUUAUUUGAUGAGUGCAUGCAGCAGUUGCAUUUGAUGAAGACAGAUAGGAGAUUCACACGUGUGGCUUACAAAACGGGUAGUUACUGUGCGUCUACUGGGAGUGGCCCUGAGAAUAGCAGCAGCUGCUACGCGAAUAGUAGCUCCCGUGCGUACAGCGUGGGUCGGGCUGGCAGUAGCGCUCGGGCAAAUACCAGCGACUAUGCGAAUUGCAGUGCGUACACGAAUGAAAAUGAGAACGAAAAUGAAAAUGAUAACGACAAUGGAGACACCAGUGAGAGCAACGCCCUGCUGAAAAUAUCGCUCAAAAAUUUAAUCCCCAAAUUGUACAACUGCAAGGACUUCAAGGGAACCAGCAACUUGAUUCACAACAUCGGCAAGAGCAUCACCAAGAGGAGUACCGUUGUAAACGUUGUAGAGAAGAAAAAAAAAAAAAAAAAAAAAAAUCCCACAUAUUCGAACGUUUCCUAUACAAAAAUGGCCUACUCGAAAAUGGCCUUCUCCAAAGUCCCCUACGCGAAAGGGGCCUACUCCAAAACGACUCCACCCAUGAUGAACGUGCCCCAUGCCAGUGGGGCUUACCCCAACAUGGCUCAUUCCAGGGGAGGAACCUUCGCGGACGUGCCCCCCCCGAGUGCUGCCUAUCCGAACAUCCCUCAGGCGAAUGGUGCCUACAUGAACGUCCCUCCGCAAAGUGUUGCCUACCAGAACAUGCCCCCAGGCGCAGGAGCAGCCCCUUAUGCAAAUAUGCCCCCCGCGAAUUCUCCCUAUGCGAAUGCUUCCCCCACCAGCGGUCCCUACGCGAAUACCUCCCCCGCGAGUGCCUCCUAUGCAAGCAUGUCCCCCACAACGGGUGCCUACUCCAAUGUGCCUCAUCCGAAGGGGGGCUACUCAAAUGUCACUCAUCCCAGUGCCGCUUACACGAAUGUGCCCAAUCAGAGGAGCGCCUACAGGAGUGUACCAGCCAACAGUGGCGCGUACACCAAUGUGGCUAACCAGAACGGGGCGUACGCCAAUGUGGCCAACCAGAACGGGGCGUACGCCAAUGUGGCCAACCAGAACGGUGCCUACAUGAAUGUUAGCAACCACCCCAAUGUUAGCGGCCACCACAAUGAGACCUACCCCAAUGGGGCGUACGCCAAAGGGCCGCCGCUUCCCAGCGGGGCCAGCGGCUUCUACGCGAACAACUUUGAAGGCGCCCACGGGGAGAACUACGCGGGGAAUUACGCGCCAAGCUUUGCGGCUAACUAUACGGCCAGUUACCCCCCCAACCAGGGAACCAAUUGUGCGCCCAACUUUGUCCCCAAUUAUGAAGGGAACUACCCCCUGGGAUGCGGAAACGACUACGGGAAGGGGCGCCCGAAUGACCACCCAGUUGGUCAUCCAGCUGGUCAUCCAGUCAGCCAUCCAGUCAGCCAUCCAGUCAGCCAUCCGAGUGAGCACCCCAUUGGCCACCCCAGUGACCACCCCAGUGACCACCCGAAUGAACACUCCCACGAAUACGGAAGCGAAUGCGCAAACGAUUACGUGAACGACUACAUGCACGACUACAUGAAUGAGUACCUAAACGACUACGGCAUGGACGAGCCCAGCAACGCCAACCACCUGGAUGACAACAAAGAAGCGAAGAAAAAAACAAUCAGAGGAAUCACCUCCUUUACCCUCUUCGCAAGAGAAAAAAGAAAGGAGCUACUUAACCAGAAAGUAUUCCUAGGUAGUUCCCUCACCGAGCAAACAACAGCAGUAGCCAAAAUUUGGAACAGCCUAACAGAUGAAAAAAAAAAGGAAUGGGCAGCCAAGGCGUCCAAAAUAAAUGAGGAGAACUACCUCUCCCAGAAAAAGAAAAAAAAAAGAAAGUUCACUGCAUUCAGCAUUUUUGCUCGAGAGAAAAGAAAAGAACAUAAAGAGAAAAAUAUAGACAUGGGGUUAACCCUAGCCCAGCAGAAUUCGUAUGUGUCCAAACUGUGGAAGCAACUCUCCAUUGAGGAAAAAAAUAAAUAUAAAGUUCUUUCCAAUAAUGUGAAUGCGGAAGUAGCCAAAACGAGCAAGAGUGAUGUGAAUUACGUGAGUGGGGAAAAGCUCAGUGGGUUUAAGGGGCGAAUUAAAGCCCUGGACAACAUGAUGAACCAGCAGUUUUCGGGAAAUGCCUUGCCGUACAGCGGUGGGGUUAACGACAUGGGCUAUGUGAGCGGCAUGGGAUACAUCAAUGGCGUCGGUGUGGGAAGCGCACCCAUGGGGGUUGUCCCUUCAGGUGGAGUCAUCCCCCCAGGAGGGAUCGUUCCUCAAGGUGGGGUCCCCCCCCCGAACCGAAUGAGCGGAGUGCCCCCCCAGAAUGGACUGCCCCACUCGCCAACCCAAGCGAACCGCACAAGCGGGAUGAACGUGCCGAAUGAAUCGAUCGUACCGAAUGAGCCAAUCGUGCCGAAUGCGUCGAGCGACAUAAACAACCUGGGCUACAUGGACUACGUUAACUACAUGAACACCGUGCUAAGCCACGACAACCCCAGCUACAUGAACAAGAUAAUGAGCGGAGGGAACGAAAACUACAUGAGCAUGAUGAAUAGCCUGACCAACGAAAUGGCCAGUGGAAUGACACAAGACUUGAGCGGCUCUCUACCCAGCGGGCCUUCAACAGCUGAUAGUAAGAAGGAAAAAAAAAGCGCAAAAUUGAAAAAGAGGAAAAACAAAAAAGAUAAUAUGUACAUCACAGAACAGGAUCAAUUGAUGGUCAAAAAUGGCUCCUACAAAAUGGGGAAAGACGCCCCCCCCCCGUAUGAAACGAAUAACAAUAUGAUUGGCGUCUUCCCCGCGGAGGCCGCUGCCGCUACAGGAGUCAACCUCUACGAUGGGGGCAUGCCCAGUGUGCCCAACAUGGCUCAUGUGGCGAAUAGCGGCACUUACCCCCCAAGCAGCUUCCACAAGAGCGGCGUGCACAAAAAUGGCGUUCACACAAACAACGUCCACACGAACAGCGGGCCAGUGAACGCGCCGGCACCAAACGAUGGCAACACCAGCGUGGACAUGGCGUACGCGAACAACCUGCUCAAUUACUACGCCAGCCAGGAGAACCCCAACGUGGACGACGAUUCCAUGAACAAUGUGGGAAGCGUGCCGAAUGUGGGAAGCGUACCAAAUGUUGGCAGUUUGACUAACCUGACCAACCUGCCCACUGAUGGCGCACAUCGGCCGAACUGCAAGGCGCACCCCCCCGGAAACAUAAACGGGAGCGGCAGUCCCGCCGCUGCCAUGGCAACCCCCUCCAUCGGUGUGGACAAAAAACAGCCCAUGAUGAACGAACAGCCAAACAGCAACCUAGGCGUGAUGACCGAUGCAAGCAUGUUCAACAACCCAAGUAAGAGCACAGCAAAUAUGAUUAAUAAUGUACCAUAUGGAGGCAUGCCCAUGGGAACCCCCCUCUCAUGUAACAACACUGCACUUAACAGGGUCCCAUUCAACAACGUUCCUUUUAAUACAGUCCCCAUGUAUAAUAUCCCCCCAAACGGGGCUCCCCAAGGUGGUACUGGCCUACCAAGCGGAAGUUUCACCCCUACGGAAGCACAUUUGAAUAAUCCGCUUAUUAACCCCGCCGACGGAAUGGACAUGAGGAGAGGACCAAACGGGAUGAACCAACAACCGUUCAACAACCCCUAUGUGGGCAACAUGCCAAAUGUGCACAUGCCCAAUGCAGAGGCGAACCAGCUAGCCAUUAAUGACAGUCUAAAAGCGGCACGAAAAACGAAAAGUAAAGACAAAAUGGAAGAAAUGAUGAGGAAGAAAAUGAAGAAAGAUGAAAAGCAAAAAUUAAAAGAAAAAAAAUUAAUGCUGAAAAUGUACGACAAGAAGAGAAAGCAGUUAUUGAAGGCUGAGAAGCAAAUGGAAAAAAAUAAAAAAAAUAAAAAUAAAAAUGGAGUGAAUACCAUUGAGGACGGUAGUGCUGGCAUGUAUUACCACCCCCAUCACCCGGCGCCCCCCAAUUUAAUGAGCACAAAUGUGAGUGGAAUGCCGUUUGAUGCCCCCAACGCGCUUGUCAACAAACCCAUGGUUGGUAACUUCGGCCCCUACGGAGGCAUGGACAAGGUGGAUGCGAAAGACAUGCACGUUAAAAAUGCGGCCAUGGUAGGCGGCGGUAUGGCGAGCGGAAUGACUAGCGGCGGAAUGGCGGCAAACGGUCCACCCAUCAUCCGCGGGGGAAACAUCCCCGAGCGAGGCGUGGACAGCCGGGCCGGGCCCCUCAACUUCCAACCCGUUAACAACAUGAACAGCGCGCUGACCAGCAUGAGGAACAACCAACCCGCGCCCUACCCCUUCGUGAAUAAUUACCCAAGUGAUAUGCCAGACAUGAGAAGUUACCUGCCCAGCGGUGAAAUGAAGAGUUAUGAUGAUGCGUCAAGGGGUCUACAAGACAAGCAAGUACCAGCAGCUAUGCCAACAACCCCCAAUGAGAUGACUACCUACCCAAGUGUUAACUUAAAUGAUAAAUCGAAGAAGAAGAAAAAGGCAAAUCGAAUGGAUGCCAAUUUGGUUGUGGACCCUAGGGUUGGAAACCUAACUGAUGGGAAAAACAUCCCCCUUAUGAAUGAAAAAAUAUGCUACAACAGUGGGUUCACCAAUGUAGAGUAUAGGGAAAGUUACUACAAGGACAUGAGGGUCACCGAUUUUGCGGCUUUUCAACAGACGGAUAGCAGCAAAGGGGGCGAAGUGGACAAACUGCCUGCAUACCACAUGGCCAGCUUUGAAGUCAAAAUGGGAAAAGAAAAGGAGGAGGGGCAUCAAAAAAAUUUACAUCAGAUGAACCAAAGAUCGAGUGCGUUUUACGGCCCAGAGCAGAUGUAUGGCGGUAGCCUCGCUAGCGGCGGCGCAAAUGGAAAGCAUCACGAGGGUGUUGUGAAUGUGGGCAGUUUGCUAAAAGUGGGCAGCCUCCCCGCUGGGACGGGCAUCCCCGCUGGAGCAACCAUCUUGGGGGAUGGCUUCUACGACAUGAACAGAUCCAACAGUCAGAACUUGAAGAGCCAGCACUCCUACGGGUACAGCGGCAAGCAUGGCGCGCAUAACGUUGCUGGAAAUAUUGGCGGCGGUGUGGUGGGCCCACCGAAGGAGGAAUACUACGAACAGGUGCCGAGGAUACCGGGGGAGGAGCGCGAGGGCGAGGAGGCCACGUACAAAACGUAUGGCAGUGUCGCCAAGGGGAUGGGCAAGUCGGCGGAUGAUGUGGGUAGGGCGGCAGAUUACAUGAGCAAGCCGGGAGAGUACCUAAACAAACCGGGGGACUUCCUUAACAAACCGGGCAACUACCUCCCCGCGAUGCCGAGCGAGGACAAAUCGUUCUACACCCCCAAGGGAAUGAACCUGAUGAUGGGCAAGGUGCCAACUGGCCUUGACAAAGCGAACGCCCCCUUCGACAAGCAGUUUUUCCCGAAUGAAAAUAAGCCAGCGGAGCAUAAGGCGAAAACGUACUACAGCCAAAGUGAGAAGAGCAAGAGCAAGUCGAAUUCAACCCUCUAUGGGGAAGAAUCGCUAAGCGGCAGCUACAACCACUUUAACAGCACCACCACGGUGGCAGCCCAGCAGCAGGCUACCUAUAACAAGACGCUGAACGAAGAUUUAAAUGUGGACCUUAACUUCGCUAAUGUUAGUUACGUGCAUGCAGAUGGGUGUAAUGAGGAGAGUCAGAACAACAGCACAGGGUAUUUCUACCCCCACGGUAGCGGCAUCAGUGGAGGCAAAAAAGAAAACGAAAAGAUGAAUAACCCUGGUGCGUAUGUCAGCCACGAAAUGGACGGAGUGACAAACGCAAACAACAUUAUGUACUACCCGGACCAGAUGUUACCAGAAAAUAAAAUGAACAAAAACCUCGUAUAUUUUGACACGGACCCGAAUGAACUGCCCCAAAUGACGGACGACACCGAGCUGGAGGCGCCCAAGGAGAAGCAGUUUUUUAGCAACGCCUCGCAUUACGCAGAGUUUGUGAGUAAAAAGGUGAGGAGGAAGAAAACGCCGUGUCCCUCAAAUGGUGCAGGUGCAGUUGCAGUUGCGGACGCAGAUGCAGACAUAGGUGCGAAUGAUAACGGGGGGACCAUCUGGGACCUGGUGCAAAAGAAGGGAAGGAAGAAGCUAAAGGUGAACGCCGCCCACCAGGGAGAAGCCGAAUCGGAGAAUGUACCGGUAGAGGACCAAAUGUACGCGAAUAGAAGUGACUCCAUUUUUAUGGGAAGCAAUAACGAAUGGAACAACGCCCGAGGAGGGGUUAAUAGUACCCACGAGGCCAGUAAGGAAGAGGCUGACGACAUUGUUAAUAGCAUUUUUAGAAGUCUCGAAAUGGAGGAAAGUGUCUCUCACCCCGGGGGGGGAGCAGCAAUGACCCAGAGCGGAGACAAUGUGAUAGGCGGAGAGGGCACACCCCAAAACCGUUUAGUUAAUAACGACGCAGAGGAGGGAACCAACUGCGAAAACGAUAACCCCGGGGAACAAAAUGACGGAGACGACAUCAUCAGUCUGCUAGACGGACCGCCACAAAGCUAUGCCAACAAAUUAAACAUCACCGAAAGUGGAGAGGUAAUCUACGAAGAUAAAAAAAAAUACAACUCGAAUAUCAUUAUGAGUGAAAAUUCCAUUCAGAAUAACCGUAUGAACAUGUUCAUGUCAAAAAGGGGUAAAUUUAAUGCGAACAUGAAUAGGAGCCAAAUAGAGACCUACAAUAAUGCCUAUAAAAAAACGGCGCUAUUUAAAUGGACGGAAGAAGAAACGGAUAAGUUUUAUGAAGCCAUUGAAAUGUUUGGCGUGGACUUAAUGAUGGUGCGUGCCUUUUUACCCAAUUUUUCGGACAAGCAAAUUAGGGACAAGUAUAAAAAGGAGAGGAGGAAUAACCCCUUGAGGAUUGAGGAGGCCAUCAAGAAGAACAAGGAAAUCGACUUGGAUGCCUACGAGAAUGAGAAUGGGAGGAUCGAGACGUCUGGGGAUCUCAACAGCGACGCAUCUUCGUUCAGUGGCGACGACGACACCGGCGUGAAGAGGAAAACCAGCGUGGCGAGCGAAACGGAUGGAAACAUCCUCAGCAUCUUCGAGGGGAAGGAAGAUGUGGACUACAGCAUGAAUCAGUACUACGAUAAUCAGGAGGACCCCGAUUUUAACGUUUUGUCUUUGUUCUAA